AUGAUGGCAUUUGCACCUCCAAAAAGCAUAGAUGGCCCCAAAAUGCAGACAAAGAUGAGCAGCUGGACACCUCUCAACCACCAACUUUUGAAUGACCGGGUAUUUGAAGAAAGAAGAGCUCUCCUUGGAAAAUGGUUUGACAAAUGGACAGAUUCCCAAAGGAGAAGAGUCCUCACUGGCCUGCUGGAGCGCUGCUCCCUGUCACAGCAAAAGUUCUGCUGCCGAAAGCUGCAGGAAAAAAUUCCAGCAGAAGCCCUGGAUUUUACUACCAAGCUUCCAAGGGUGUUAUCUGUGUACAUCUUUUCCUUCCUGGAUCCCCGAAGCCUUUGUCGUUGUGCACAGGUGAGCUGGCAUUGGAAGAACUUAGCCGAGCUGGACCAGCUCUGGAUGCUCAAAUGCCUACGGUUUAACUGGUACAUCAAUUUCUCUCCAACUCCCUUUGAGCAGGGGGUAUGGAAGAAGCACUAUAUCCAAAUGGUGAAGGAACUUCAUGUCACCAAACCUAAGACACCUCCAAAAGAUGGGUUUGUAAUUGCCAGUGUUCAGCCAGUUUCCAGCAAUUCUCCAGAGGAAAAGCGGCCCUCCUCCUCUCUCAGAAAGAAGAAUAACCCAGGGGAAAAAGAGCUUCCGCCUUGGCGAUCCUCUGAUAAGCAUCCAACUGAUAUCAUUCGUUUUAAUUAUCUGGACAACUGUGACCCUGAGCACAUACGGCAAGGGCGAAGGAAAAGAAAUGAGAUGACCCCAGAUUGCAGCCGACAGUCACGCGAUAAGAAAAACAAGCUGCAGGACAGAGCUGGACUAAGGAAAGCACAGUCACUGAUGUCCCUAAAUCCCAGCUCCCCUCUAAAAAUUCCAGCUCAUGUUGCAUGGCCUCCUCAUGCGUCAGUGGGAUCCUCAGGCCCUGAAGCAGCAGCUAAAUUUUUCACACAGCGCCUGCAGAAACAAUGUGGUCUACAUUUGUUCUCCAUCCAGGCUCCAGCGGCAGCACUGACAUAA